CUGACAAAUUCGUCUGCUUCGUGUAAAUUGUGUGAUGAACGAGUUUAGAUUUUUUUAUUUCUUGCAUAAAUAUGGUGUACAUUAACAGAUAAUGGAUCUUUUGAUUGCCUACUUUACUGUUAACUUAAUGAAUUGUGUAUAAGCUAGGUAAACUGUGUUGUUUUUGGUAUAAUGGAGGAUCUCAAUUUGACAGAAACCGAAAUGAGAUAUUUCGGUGAUUUGUUUUUAUGUUGUGACGAGGAAUCCAAUGGGAAAAUACCAAUUUUAAAAGCAACGGAACUAUUUAGAUCAUCUAAUGUACCUAACGAUAUCCUAAAACAGAUCAUGGAUAUAAGCGUGGCACCUAGUAACUCAGCAUCGCUGAAUCAUAUGAACAGAAAACAGUUUUAUUCUACUUUAAAAUUAAUAGCAGCUCAUCAAACAAAUGUAGCAUUGAAGCCUGAACUAUUGUCCACUCCCCUGGACCUGCCCUUGCCAAGGUUUACAUGGGCUCUUAAUUCCGAGGCUAGUGCAGACUUAAUACAAUUAUCUAAUUCACCUAAGGAACAACAUAUCCCUAAGAGAGAAAGAAAUUUUACUAGUAAUAUUGGAGCAUAUGAACCUAUAAGAUUGCAGUCAAAUUUAUCAGAUAGUGAUGUGGCACAAACUCUGUCUCAUGACAACACAGAAGCCCUGAGCACCGACUCGGAAAUGGAGUCUGAAACAAUGUCACAGCGGUCGGACACACAUGGGCGCCGAGGUAAAAACGGAUCACCAUGGAGCACAGCCAGUGAGAGUCCAACACCAACCAACAGUGUAGCGGAGAGAGUGCAUCCGGUGUGGGAGCACAGUGCCACGGGGCGCGGUGUGUGGCCGGCCAACACCGGAGAAGAACACACCAGGCUACUGGGGACGGAGGAGGAAUCAUCCGACCGCCAUUCAUCCGAAGAAGAAGGCGAACCGGACGGAGAUGACGCGACCAGCGACGCGUGGAGCAUCAGCAACGAGCAGGCUCAGCACUACGCGGCGCAGUUCGCGCAGCUCAGGCCGGAGCGCGGCCUGCUGUCCGGACACACGGCCAGACUGUUCUUCGAAAAAUCUCGCCUAUCCGUGCCGGAUCUACGUAAGAUAUGGCAGCUAUCGGACAUCAACAAGGACGGCAUGCUUUCCUUAGAAGAGUUCAGCAUCGCCAUGCACCUCAUAGUGUUACGACGUGCCGGGGCACCUGUCCCGUCAACCCUACCACCGGCCCUGGCCCCCAAAGGAGACCCCAGGUACUCCCAACCUACUACAGACCUAGUAGACUUAGGAGCCGACAUGUUCGGCUCAGGAACCUCAGCCGACUUCAACUUCGCGCCUAAAACCGAAGCCCCCGACCCGUACGAAGCGAAACCGAAACCCGACGACCGCGGGCCCUCCCUCACGCCGCCCAAACCCGACCCGCAGGUCAACAACAAGGAGUGGACGAAGUUCGUCGACUCGCCCACCUCCAGCGUCUCGAGCCCCGGCCCCAAACCGGUCAACUUCGACUUCCACAAGUCCGCACUAGAGCGGGACCCGAAGAUAUACCACCCGGUGGCGCUAAGGGUCACGCCAGACGUGACGGUACCUCACGGGGAGGAGCUCCGAUCGAGCACCUCGCCGAGGCGGGACGACUUCGCCCACGCCUUCGAGCUCGCCAGCCCGAAGCGGUUAAAUCCACCAUCCGACCCCGCCCCCAACGGCGCCCCGCAAGAGAUCAAAUCUAUCCAGCGCCCGCAGCCGAAGAAACCUCUAAAGAGCGCCGGAGCGCUGCCCCCGCCGCCGGCGCGGGAGUCCUCGGUGCACGCGGACGAGGGCCCGGCGUCGCUGCAGUACCUGCCCAAGAAGGAGCCGCCGCCGCCGCCGCCGCCGCGCCCGCUGCGCCACCACGCGCGCUCCAGCUCGCUCGACCUCAACCGCUUCAAGCCCGCGUCCGCGCCCGCGCCGCCCCCGCAGCCGCCGCCCAGGAUGUCGCCCUCCGCCGCCUCGCCGCCCGCGCGCCGCCUCGUCAACCAGCGCAGCGAGGGCGAGCCCGCCUUCCCGCCCGACGCCUUCGCUCCUAGAGGAGAAUACGACGGCGAAGGAUUCGGCUACAAUAGGGAAGACGCUCCCAAAAUGCACGGGGCGUUCGAAGUAUACCGGAAACCUAGUCGGGAAGGCUCGGCGGGGGCCGAGGAGCCGAGCGUGCGCGCGCUACAGGAGCAGAACGCCGUGUUACACCGCGUGUGCCGCGCGCUGUGCGCCGAGCUGGCGGACGUGGCGCGCGAGCGCGAGCAGCUGCGGGUGCGGCUGCGGCCGCGCGACGCCGUGUAGCCGCGCCCCGCUCCGAGCGAGGCCGCCGGUGACUACCCUAGCGACGGCGACCUACCGGCAUGCGAUACUAAUUUACCAUAUAUAUCCCUAAUUCGACACGUCUGUGUGGUAAAUUCUAAUCGGGCGACGACUAGUGAUUAUCUAUCGCUAAAAAUAAUUCGAAUUAUAACUGUCGACUAUCUUUAAAAUAAAUUCGGAUACAGACGUAGUGCGAAACGGUUUUCCUUCGUAUUUUUACGGUUUAUUUGUCAUGCUAGUUCAGACAGUGUUAGUACGUCUUGUAUUGAGACCGACUUAGACAGCAUGACACCUUCGUACGUACCUUUACACAUCUGUACGUUCCUUUAAAGAUGCUGCGACGACGCCAUAACAAAAUAUUAACGCUUACGUCGCCUACCACUUUUCGGAUCGUUUCCGAGUUCAAUAGUUCUGGCUAGCUGAUCAAGUAAACCUGUCCUGAAUUAAUUGACAGACACUUCUUUAAUGCUUUGUUAACAAGUAAUGAGACAUUUUUAUAAUGCUAGUUUGAAUCGAGGCAACACUUAAAUAGUUUUUAUAAUAUUCAAGUAAUGUUUCUUAACAGGAUAGGCGGCCAAGUGAGCGGUCGAAAACUCUGGUGCAAAGUAAAAUAACAUUUAUUUACCGUGAUUAUUGUAUCUAUCUUUUUAUGAUAUUUAACAUAUGCAAUCUCAAGAAACAGCGGGAAUAUUUUUGCAAACUUAUUCCGUCAUGUAUAUCGAUAUCUAGUGUGAAAUAUCGAUAAUGUAGUAUAUGUAUUUUUUCGUGAUCUUAGACGAAACAAAAUUGAUUCCAUUCCUAAUUUGAUUUAAUAUCAUAGCGGUAAUAAUCGAUAUUUAAGGUAUUUAAUUACUUUUUGAACAAUAUGUCGGCAAAUUUUUAUCCGAUACUCAUACGCUUCGGCAUGUAAGUAGCUUUAAGAGGCUAUUGUAUUGAAUCACACAUUUUUCUCCAUUUAUGUAUAAGUCUCGUAAAGUAUAAAUUAUGUUUAAAAAAUAUACAGAUAUUUUGUACUCUGGCGGCUUAUAAUAAUCUCAAAAGUAAAAAUGAUCCGUGACUAACCUAGUAAUUUAUGUAUUAUAGUAAUUUAAUAUGAUAGGAAUAUCAUUAAUAGUCACAAAGCUAACGUCAGUAUGUUUUAUUUACAUCGCUUAGUGUUCACUUGUAAUGCAUUUAGACAAUACUUCAUUGCAUGUCCGACUAUAUUAUUGUAUAGGUAACCAUCAGGCCCCGUAGCCGAAUCGCAUUUCUGCGACGCCAAACGCCGCCGAAAUGUAGUCUGGCUACGCCAAUACGCAAGAGCAAAAAAACUGAAUAGCUACGAAAGAGUUAUUAUUGUGAGCGUUUCGUGAGCGUUUAUGCAUUCAGCUACGCACACAGGUCAAAGGGCCUAUCGAAAAUGCCAAUCGUUUUCGCCGUUGCGAACGAAAUAGUAAAAUCUGUCUAUCACCACACCUCGGACACCGGCGAUCAAAUAUACGAAAGAGGCGCGUUCCCAGCAUACAAUCUUAAGCUCUUGUAGGUGAACGCGUACCAUGCUUGUACGAGUGAAAUAUGACAGGUCGACUGUUCGCGUUUUUGACAGGCGAUAACUGAGGUAACCGAGAUCCAGUGGCCAUACUGUACGAUAGUACUCUUUAUUAUACUGUGCUAUCACUCUUCCAUAUUAGCGUGGCUGACGGUCUUAGUAAUAAGGCCUGAGUGAACGCUCAUAUUGGGCGUGGAGCGGGGCGGGGCGUGCGUCAUACUCAUGCAUGUCAAACAAUUGAAGCUCAUACAAGUGUCCGGAGUCGACGCUGCAUAGCGUGCACGCGAGCGGAUCCGCCCCGCUGCACGCCAAGCCGACCGAGCGUCUACUCAGGCCUAUGACAUUAGUGACAGAGAAUUUGCGAUUCGUUGCGUUUUGGUUAGGCAUCAAUCUCAUAUAAACACUGUUUCUGACAUGUGUUGUGUACCGUGAGAACUUUUUAUAGUAUUCGCACUUAUAUUAUUGUGUACAUGCGAUGUAUGAAUGAUUUUUAAUUUACCGCCUGGCAAGUUUCCAACCGUCGUUUGAAGUUGUGAAGAUAAUUUGCCUGAGCAAGAUUAUACAUACAAUUAUAUGUAUAUGUAUAGAAAAUGCAAUCCUACCUACUGGGUUUAAAAUGUGAUUAUCCCAAUAAGGCCUAAGUUUCCCCUCUGGAAAGUCAGAAAUGGCAAGGAAACAAACACUGCUUUAGUAAAAUGGCUACUUAGUAUGCUAAAUAGCAUGAUCGCCAAAUUGAAAUCACAUAUCGCCGUCGUACGAGUUUGUAAUUGUGUUUAAGGUUGUGCACUAUAUCUUAUCCGUUCCUUCCGAGCAUAGCUUUAUAUUCGAGUAUUCUCUAAGUAGUGCCAGUAACUAACGCUUUCUAUAACAUAAUUAGAGAUUUAUUCAUUUUAAAAAUGAUUGUAAAGUCUUAGAAAAUGUUGUGGUGUAAGUUUGAUUUUUAAACACCAUUUUUUUGUGUUUUUGGCACUGUUAUAUAUUAUUGUAGUAAUUGGAUCAAAAAUAUGAGCUAAGGUUAGGUACACGAUAUUCCUGUGGAAAUGAUAGAAUAAACUGACUUCAAAGCCUAAUUUUUUGUACUUUAUCACUGUAGGCGUAUUAAAACUUUCUCUUAUAUAAAAUAUGUUUGUGUAUUUUUAAUUUCCACAGAAAAUAUACGCCGGUUAUUCCGAAUUAUCUAUAUAAAUGACUAGCUAAGUCAGUUUUUGAUGACCUUAUCACCGCACACACACUGCACAGCGCCAUCUAUAUUAGCUGUUAUAUGAAAGAGAUUCUUAGACUUUACAAUUUUUUUGUGAUUAGUCCUUGUUGCAAAUGAAGUGUUAGCAUUUAUGUUGUUUUGGUGUAUUCGCUGGAUGUAUGGUAAAUUGGUAUUAGGUUUCAUUUAAAUAGGUUUACCUGUUUUUACCUGGCUUUAAAUGAAGAUAAAUGAACUAUCUGAAAAUCUAAAAAUUCUUUUGAGUUGGAUUUGAAACGCAAACGUAAAACCCGAGUUCUCACAUUCAGUCAGCCAAAUGUAUGUUGUUUAUCGUUAUAAGUAUGUCCGUACCAGUAUAGUCGUACACGGUACAAGCUGCAUUGAAGUCAACGAGUAGAGUAGUGUCGCUUGUAUGUAUUGCAUUCCUUUGUAAUCUUACUGUAUCGCUUAUAGCUAUUGUAUAAAUAUAUUAAAAUAUCAACCGGCGGAGUUGUUAAAAUGUGAAUGUUGUAUAAUAUGCAUUAGUUUAGGGAUUGUAAAAAAUGUACUAUCAAGAGAUCGGCGUUUAAAUGGCUAGAAAAAAAAAAUAGAAAUGUAAGCGCCUCGGUCAGCCGAAAAUUGUUGUAAACAAGAUAUAUUACAAUUAUAGCGUAGUGUACAAUUUUAUUGAAUUUGUGUGAAAACGAUUUGUAUCAUAAGAUUACUGUAAAAGUAUUUAUCAUUUAUUUUAGUCAUACGGAAUAUCCCGAGCGAGUCGCUCGCUUGUAAAUAUAAUUUCUCGUUCCGCGUUUUACUAUCCUCAAUAUCUGAAGCUUGAUAACCCCACUGAAAUACAUUUCGGUCCAAUUUUGAAGUACUUUUCACCAUUGUAUUUACCUAUUUAUAUGUUUCUUAAAGUUUAUAUACAGUAACGCUUAAAUAUUAUUGUAGUAAAAUAUGUACAAUAAAUUUAUUUCAAAAUUU